AUGUAUGUCGAUCUAAAGAUCUCUCGUGAUGCAUUUAUUCAAAUUUCCUCGGUAUCUAGGACCUGCCAAGGAGGUUACGCGUGGGGCGGAGUCACGGCCAGUUGUAGCCCAGUAGAUUGCGACAUACCUUCUACCAUUGCGCAUGCGUCAUUCACACUUACUUCAGGAACAACAACAUACGGAAGCUUUGUAACGUAUUCUUGCGAAUCCGGAUACAUUCCAACAGGCGAAAAUAGAUUUGCCUGUGCCGACACCGGCCAAUGGACUGGUUUGGGCUUUUCUUGCGAAGGAUGCGGUUUUCCACCUAACGUUUCAAGUGCAACGUAUACUUUGACGUCUGGUACAAACUACGAUAGUGUUGCAAAUUAUGUCUGCGUUACAGGGUACGUAUUUAGUGCGACAUCUCAGCUCUUUUGUGACUUAAAUACACAGGCCUGGUCGGGAACGCUUUCAUCGUGCGUCCUGGUGGAUUGCUUAUUACCUCCAACUGAACCUCAUGCGACGUACACAUUAACGUCAGAGUCUACAACUUGGCAAAGUACUGUGGAAUAUGCCUGCGAAAAUGGGUAUAAUCUAAACGGCGAUCCCAUUAUGGAAUGUUCGGCUGGCGGUGUUUGGGUUGGAAGUGGUUUUUCUUGUGAAGGAUGUGGCAACCCCCCAAUAAUUUCCUAUUCAACGUAUUCUCUUACAUUUGGUACGGGAGUUGGAAGCAUUGCACAAUACACCUGCAGUCCAGGCUAUACCCUUGAAAGCUCAUCUGAAUUGAUAUGCAUCUCAAAUGGAACAUGGGGUGGAAUACUUCCUGUAUGUAGUUUCAUAGAUUGUGGAAGUCCUCCAAAUGUGACAAACGCGAGCUACAUUUCAUCACCUGACACAACAUUAAACAGCUCAACGGUGUAUUCCUGUAACACAGGAUUUCAAAUGACGGUAACCGGAACGCUCCUGUGUGAAUCUGAUGGUCAGUGGAUUGGAAUCCUUCCUGUCUGCAUCGAGGUUUACUGUACAGAGCUAAACAAUCCACCGAAUGGAUUUGUAAAUUAUGGAUCAAACGUUUAUAACUCAACAGCGAGUUUCAACUGCUCAGAUGGGUACCAUUUACUUGGAUCACCGUACAUCAUUUGCUCCGCUGAUGGCUCUUGGAAUGCUACUCAACCAAUCUGCAGUCCAGCGGAUUGUUUACCACUGUAUGACCCACUGAAUGGAUACGUUAGUCAUACUUCGGGAACUACAUAUACCCAUGUCGCAAAUUAUACGUGUGAAAUUGGGUAUUAUAUAGACGAGGAUUCCUUACGGAUCUGUCAAGCUAAUGCAUCAUGGAGUGGAAGCGAACCGUCCUGCAUAAUCGUGGAUUGCAACCAGCCACCUAUUCUUUUGAAUGGAAUAUACCAGCUCCUAAAUAAUGGGACGAAAUAUUCGGAUCAUGCAACUUAUUCUUGCAACCUGGGUUACACUAUUUCUGGUGCUUUGCUGGUAACUUGCCUUGCAAAUGGAAACUGGAAUCUGCCACCACCUGCAUGCACUAUACUAGAUUGUGGAUCUAUUGCACAUCCGGUUAAUGGAUUGGCACUAACACCCGAUGGAACGAAAUUCGGGGCAACUGCAACAUUCUACUGUAAUCAAGGUUACACCAUAUCAGACCCGACUUCGGCAUUAUGUAACAGCAGCGGAGAGUGGGACAGCGAACCGCCUACAUGCGUAUAUACAGGUGAUUGCAGUAGACUGGUGACAACUCGAUGA